AUGGCUUGCAUCGCUUCGCCAGUGGCGAUUCGGAGGCCCUCGCCAGUGAUGGUGAACAUGGUGCCUAAGACUGUGGUGGUGGCCUCACCGGUGCCCAGCGCCCGCACCACGCUGCCCCAGCGCAGCCCCCACGCGGUCAGCAACAAGAAUCUGGGUCACUACAUCCUGGGAAAGACCAUCGGCGAGGGGACCUUUGGAAAAGUGAAGCUGGGCAGGCACAUCCUCACUGGCGAGCGGGUGGCUGUGAAGGUCUUGGAAAAGGAGCGAAUUCAAGAGGUGGCAGACAUCGAGCGGGUGGCCCGGGAAGUGCAGCUCUUGAAGCUGAUCCGCCACCCCCACGUGGUGCAGCUCUAUGAGAUCAUAGAAACCAAGGGCCAGCUGUACUUAAUCAUGGAGUACGCUUCUGGUGGAGAACUCUUCGACUACAUCGUUCAAAACCAGCGCGUGCCUGAACCCGAGGCGUGCCGAUUUUUCCAUCAGAUCAUCGCAGGGGUCGAGAAGAUCCAUGCCAUGAACGUGGUACACAGAGACCUGAAACCGGAGAACCUGCUGCUGGACGAGCACAGGUGCAUAAAGAUUGUGGACUUCGGGCUCAGCAACCGUUUCAACCUGGGCCAGCUUUUGAAAACGGCCUGCGGCUCUCCCUGCUACGCGCCGCCGGAGAUGGUCUCAGGGCAGAACUACGUCCCCCAGAUGUGCGACCUGUGGAGCUGCGGGGUGAUCCUCUUCGCCAUGGUCUGCGGGUUUCUCCCCUUCGAGGACUCCAACACGUCGGCGCUGUACAAGAAGAUCCUGGCUGCGAAUUACAGCCCUCCUUCCUUCAUCUCCGAAAGUGUCAAGGAGCUAAUCGCUGGGCUCCUUACGGUGGACCCCAGCGCUCGCUUCACCAUCGCCGAUGUUCGCGGACACCCAUGGUACCAGCAGAUCUCAGAGGCUUCAGUGAGGCCCAAGGAUUUGGUGGCUGGGCAGUGCGGCCUGGACGAAGACGUGCUGCAGGUUCAGACCUUUUGCCGCAUGGACUCGUUCAGUUUUGCGCCACAGUCGCAGGGGUAG